CUGAGAGCGAUUCACUAAUUAUUCCGGCACCUGCUUCGCGAGUGUAAAACCAACCGAAAGUUCGAACAGCAGCACCAUGAACUUCAAGCUGAUCUUUCUCGUCGCGCUGGUACUGAUGGCUGCGUUCCUGGGCCAAACCGAGGGUCGUCGGUUCAAGAAGUUCCUGAAGAAAGUGGAAGGCGCAGGCCGACGAGUAGCCAAUGCAGCCCAGAAGGGUUUGCCGCUGGCGGCGGGCGUAAAGGGUCUCGUUGGAUAAUGGGUCCCCCUAGCCAGCUUCUUGUUGCGUUCCCUCCCGAAGGUGGGGAGUUCUCUCCACCCGCUCCAAACCGAUCACGAUCCCUCUGCAAUCAAUUCCGUCACCCGACACCGACGUCAACGAACUGGCGCGGUACAGUGUUUACUACAACGCCUUAAUCAACGCCACCGUGCAAGGCACAACCGUUCCAAUAAAGUGCCUGUCUCGGGCCAACUUCCUUAAUA